CAGUUUUAUGUCCAUCGGAGAUUUGUUUACAAAUGCAUGGCGACGAUGUCAAAAACAUGUAAACAACAUUAAUGGCCGUACUAAUUUUUUACGUCGGCACAAUGAUUUAAAUCGUUAAAAUGAAUUUAAGGAAAUUUUACGACUGAUAACAAUUAAAGAGAUGGCACAAGUUCCUCUUCUAGAUGUAAAUUUUGGCCUGGGUUCAACACAGAAAUCCUAUGGAGGUAAAAAGGUUCCACAUGGCUUUCACUCAUACACUGAGGAAGAGGAGUCACAUAUUAGUAACAGCAUUCCUCUGAAAUCAUAUGGAGGUAAAAAAGUUCCACAUGGUUUCCACUCGUAUACAGAUGAAGAGGAACCACACAUAAACUGUAACACCAUCCCACAGAAAUCUUACGGUGGAAAAAAGGCUCCGCAUGGGUUCCACACAUAUACAGAUGAAGAGGAAACAUUACCUAUAAGUAACAGCAAUUCACAGAAAUCCUAUGGAGGGAAGAGAGCACCAUCGGGAUUAACUGCAGUAAAUGUGGAUGAAGAUUCUAAAUUAGCAUGUGUUAAAAAAUCAACUUUAUCAAAUAUUAUUGUUCUGAAUAAUGAUGAAGAGUCAGCAUCCUAUAAAUCCUAUGGAUUAAAGAAAAUUAUUCCAACAAAUAGUCUAGUCAAUCAUGAUGGGGAGGAAAAGCCUCAGAUUGCCUCACAAGCAGGCAGGCGUGCAAAUGUACCGUUAACAGAAAUUAAAGAAGAAGGACAGGUAGAUAAUGACAAAGUGACAUUUCCUCAGCAGGGGUCUAAGCGUGGGGCACCUGGACCUCUGGUCACGUCAAGUGAUGAAGAGGAGAGUUUACCGCCAUCCCCUCGUUCCAGUGUGAAUAGUAGUUCAUCUAUCCAACAUGCUUAUGAGCAUGAUCAUGACUAUGAGCCUGCAGCCUCCCCCAGUGGGAGCAGCACGGCCAGUGGCCCUGUGUACAUAAGGCCACCAGGAUUCAAACAUCAUGCACAGGAAAUCAAGAAAGUGAAAAAGAAGAAGACGACUGUGUUUGACUUUAAAUCUGCCCUGAAGAAAAGAGCACCAACUCCUCCAAAAGUUCGACCCAAGAGAGAGUCUGUUCCGAUGAGAUUGAGAGCAUUGCCACAGUCAUUUUGGAAACAGCCCAACGUUCCCAACCCUGUGUCUCCUGCCCCUCUAUUUCCCUCUUUACCUCCCCUUGGAUCUAAAGACUCCAAUGAAGAUAUCACAGAUAUGCGACCGAUCACGCCCCCUGAUGACAAGGAGCGACACAAAAAGCAGUCUAGACAACCGGAGCGUAAAGUCUACAUCACAGGGGACACAGAUUUACUCUUGAAACAUUUGUUCGAAAGAGCAGCAGAAGACAAGAAAAAUUCCUCACAAAUUAAAAGGGGAAGACCAAGAAAGAUGGCUGUUCCAAGAGAGACUGGAACUAAAGCUCUAAUUUCUGGUGAUGAUCCGUACCUAGUGGAUGCAGUCACUCAGAAGUUGUUUCCCCAGUUAUCUCUGGAAUCGAGGCAGGGUCAGGUCGGGUCAACAACUCUCCAGUUAGUGACUCUGCGCGAUGGAGACAAGUCUGUCACUCUACCCUCUCUUAGUAUAGAACAAAAUUAUUCACAGAUGCUCUCCGAUCUCGCCAUGAAUAUCUAAUGUAGGAACUGAUCUCUAGGAUCUAAGAUGAGUAGUAACCGACUUGCCAUUCGGCCUGCUGAACUCCGAGGUCUGUACAUUCCAACUGAUCUCCAAGAUCUAAUGUACAAGCCAACUAAUCUCCCAGAUUUUAUGUGCAGACCAACUGAUCUUCACAAUCAUGAAGAUUAAUUUUUUUUUUUUGGUCUAAAAUUAAAAAAAAAGUACUAGUAUUUAAAUUUUACAGGAGUCUACAAAAAUAUGUUAUUGAAGUUUUGUUUAAAUCAGGGAUAUGAUUCUUUAAAUAUUGUUAUGACAGAAUUUAUAAACAUGUACUUAAAAUUAUUUAAGGUGUUCAGUGAAUUCGGGUACAUAACAAAAUGGUGUAUAUUGUAAGUAAAUGUUGACAUGCAUGCAUGCAAAGUAGGUAAAAUUGUAUUACUUUCGAUGUUUCGGAUACAAUUUUCCCAGAAUUUUGCACAACAGUAACUCAUUUGAUGUUGUUUCAGAAGAUCUAUUUUAAAUAUAAAAAGUCCAUAAUUGUG